AUGAGAGAAGUGUUGGUGCUGCGAGGGUAUACAGGAGAAGUAUUCUUCAGUCACACUGUCCAAGAAGGUACUAAACCGGACUUUGUCAUCAGGGUUUGUGAUGUUGACAAGAGACUCUGCAAAGACUUAAGAGAAGUAGCUGGAGGUGUGGCUAUAGGUUACGAUCGGGCCCAUCACGACGUUUAUUUCGGAGGCCGAGAUGCAUUGUACAAAUGUGAUAAAAUAAACGAAACUGCAAACGCUAUUUAUAAAUUGGUUACUGUAAGGCAAAUUGUUCAACAAUACAAAUCUGAUAGAGUUUAUUUUGCUACCGGUGAUGGUAUAUAUUACGUUCACGAUUUAGCCACACACCAAGCUAAGAUUAAAAAAGCUGCUAACAUUAAUCAAGUAUUUGGUAUGACGUUCAGAAAUACCACACAGUCUAAAUAUGAACCGAUACAGAUUUUAUAUUCAGAUAAAAAUGCUAUUUAUAAAUUAACACCGAGUAAAAACAGUGAUGUAUGUUUCAAAGACAGAAAGACAGCUUUAAGAUACAUUCCUCGUCAAAAAACUAAAGAAAUUAAACGUGAUAAGAAUGUAACGCGCAACAGUACUGAGUUGGCGAAGUCUAAGAGGAUCCAAAAACCACGUGCGCAUCGUAUGAUGUUUGCGAUUGGAUAA